AAAAAGUCCUUGCGAGUGAGAGUGUGUGUGCGGUGUUUUUUUAAUCUUUUUUCCAUUAAAAAUAAUUAAAUAGAACCAAAAUGAAAUCUAUGCUUAUUUUUGGGCUGCUAGCCCUUUGUGUCUUCGCCAGUGCCGAGGAUGCCAAGCAGGCUGUUGAAGCAAAAUCGAUUGAACCAAAACCCGCCGCAACUGAAGCCAAAGCUUCGGUAAGCACAGUCGAAAAGAAACAGGAGAAACGUGGUAUUCUCCAUGGAGUUGGUCAUGGAUAUGCUCCCGUUGGUUAUGGACAUUCUGGUGGUGGCCUCGUAUUGGGUGGUCAUGGUGGUGGUCUGUAUGGAGGAGCUGCUCUGGCCUAUGGUGGUGGUGGUGCAGUUUAUGGUGGUGGUUUCGGUGGUACUGGUUUGGGUGGUGGUGCCAUUCCCACAAAUGUCCAAGUCAACACUGUGGUACGUAAUGUUGCUGUACCCUAUCAAGUGGAACGUCGUAUUCCAGUGCCAGUGGAAAGAACUGUUACAUAUCCUGUAAAGGUCCCAGUACCCGCACCCUAUCCCGUUGAAAAGACUGUUACCUAUCCGGUUAAGGAAAUUGUGAAAGUGCCUGUGCACAUUCCUCAACCCUACCCCGUGGAAAAGACUGUCCAUGUCCAAGUGCCAGUGCAUGUUGAUCGCCCCGUCCCAGUCAAGGUUCCCGUUCCAGCUCCUUAUCCAGUAGAGAAAAUUGUUCAGGUUCCAGUUAAGGUACCCGUUCCACAACCCUACCCUGUUGAGAAGAUUGUCCAAGUCCCCGUUAAGGUACCCGUCCAUGUACCCCAACCCUACCCAGUGGAGAAAGUUGUCCAGGUUCCAUAUAAGGUAGCUGUCGACCGUCCUUAUCCCGUCCAUGUUGAGAAACCAUAUCCAGUGCCAGUGGAGAAACCAGUACCAUACCCAGUUGAGAAAAGGGUCCAGGUUAAUGUCCAGGUUCCCGUUGACAAUCCAGUGCCAGUACCUGUUGACCGUCCCGUAGCCGUGCCCGUUAAGGUUGGCGUACCCCAACCUUAUCCAGUCGUCAAGGAAGUUCCUUAUCCCGUCGAACGUCAAGUACCCUAUCCCGUGAAGGUACCCGUUGAACGUCCCGUCCCCGUGCACAUUGAACACAAUGUACCCGUGACCGUGGAAAGACAAGUGCCCUACAAGGUGCCCGUACCCGUGCCCGUUCAUUUGGAAAGCCACGUUGCGGGUGGUAUUGCCAUUGGAGGUCAUGGUUAUGGCGGUGGUUAUGGCCAUGGUUAUGGUGGCGGCUAUGGUCACGGACAUGGCGGUUAUCUCCACAAAAAAUAGACAAUUUCUACUCGUGAGGCAUAGAAAAGCAGCAACCACAACAACAACAACAAAGAUUUCAUAU